AUGACGCUGAGAGCGCGCGCCCAUUCCUGCCGCCAUUGCCAAACCAUCACUAUCGAAGUCCCCAAGCCGAACUCCGACAAAAACGACGAUAAAGCACCUCUGCUAUUCAAACUUAAUGGGCUGAAAGUAGAAGCGGCUGCAGCAGACGGGUGUGAUUUUCUUGCGUGGGCGCUGCGGGAGCUCGAACACAAUGAAAGAAAUGUGGAUGGGUACGGCGUUGAGGAAGGCUGGAAGGUUGAUGAUCAGUGGGAGUUCGCGGGGAACUUUUACCAUAAAGAUAUAAGAAAUGACGGAAUGUGUCCGCAGCGUUUACUCUGCCAUUGGUCUUUGAAGGGGGAGAAGAGGUUUUGGACUGGCGAAUUUGGGCACUUUGGUAUCCUUGCAGAAGAAGAUGAUCCUGCUGCUCGUUAUGCACCCUGGAGGCCAUCGAAUCAAAGCAGAAGCUCUGACGCAGCUUUCAGUAAGGCACGCACUUGGCUGAAAGAGUGCCUCGAUGAUCACUCAUUUGAAGAUUGUAAUGCCACAAGCGUAGAGACGAUGCCGACAAGGGUCAUCGAUAUCGAUUGGAGCCAUGAUCGACUUGAACCCAACCUGCGACUGCUCGUGAGUCCUCCUCGAGAGCCGUAUGUAGCCUUGAGCUACGUUUGGGGUGGCGACCAACCGAUGAAGACUACCAAAGCAAACCUAGUGCCCCGGUGUCAAGAACUAGUCUUCUCUGACCUCCACCUAACAAUACAAGAUGCUAUACGCACAACCUGGAACCUUUCCCGGCGCUUGUUAUGGGUAGAUUCCUUGUGCAUAAUUCAAGAUGAUCCGGACGAUAAAGUGAUAGAAAUCGCGAUGAUGCCAGAGAUAUAUCGGAACGCAGACCUUACCAUCUCUGUAGCCUGCGCCGCCAGCUCGCAAGAAGGGUUCCUUGGAAACGUCGUGGUCCCAAGCCUCCGCGCAAUCUCCAUUCGCCUUCCGUACCGUUGCCCGGAUGGUAAAAUGGGCUCUAUUAUCGUCUUCUCCGAACCAGGAGAAGGUCGCGCAAUUGAUCCCAUCGAAAAACGCGCCUGGACGUUGCAAGAAUCAUUUCUUUCCCGCCGGAUCCUUCGAUAUGGCACCUUGUACUGCAGCUGGGUCUGCCGGGGACAUCUAAAGGUGAACGAUCCCGGCAGGUCUCUUCUAGAGGACUUGCAAUGGAAUACAGAUUACAUGCUACUAAACAGGAAGAUGGCUAUUUAUAGUCGGUCCACCUCGAGCGAUAUCAAGGAUAUUCGGCAGCAAUGGAGGUACAUAAUAGAGGAAUAUAGCUCGCGCUCGCUCUCCGAGCACAGCGACCGCCUCUCCGCGAUCUCAGCACUCGCGCGGUUUUUCGGGCAAAGAUUGAGCGGGCAGUACGCUGCUGGGAUAUGGCUCGAAGACCUGGCGCAGUUGCUGUGGACGCGCGCUUCGAGUCCUUGCAAACAGCGUCCGGAGCCUUGUCUCGCGCCUUCCUGGUCGUGGGCGUCGGUGGAUGCGUCUAGUGUGAUCAAGUUCCGGCAUCAGGAUGAGUAUAGCCAGAAGUUCCUGGAUUUGGAUCCGAAAUUAAGACUCAUGUCCCAUAAUAUCACGCCCGCAGACCCGUUUCAUGCUUCUAUCGGGGGGCAUAUCGAGAUGGAAGGGCUAGUUCGACAAGCGAUAUGGGUGUACAACGAUUCAUUGUAUCAGCUUGGCCCGGGAGGAUUAGAAGAGGACACUAAGCUGAACACGUUUUCGGACACGAUCGAAGAUGCUUCCUCGAAUACUUUGCGGUCGCACCUGGUCUGGUGCUUGCAGAUCUGCCAUUAUCAGUCAGGGAGAGGUCCAUUUGGGUUGAUCUUGAAGACUGAAGAUGAACAGACCUGGAGAAGAGUCGGAGUGUAUGGGACUUCCAUGGAGCCAGUUCUGGGCAGUCAUAGGGCUAACAAAGUGCGGCCUCCAACAGCAAUAAUGGAUCGGUGGAUUUCUAAGCAUGAGCUCCGUAAGAUCGUCAUUGAGUAA